AUCGCCACUAGCUGGCGAUCGGUUGUUUCUCGAGCUCCCGUGUCAUCUGUUGCAACAUGUUGAGGAUCUUUUUGUGCGGAUUUGUUUUACAAUUCGCCCUGCUAAUCAAUGCCACUGGCCUCUAUACCGUGGUGGGGCCUGGCACCAUCCGAUCUAACUCCACGUAUAAUGUAGUCGUUUCGGUCCACAAGGCAGAUGGACCGAGCCAGAUAAAGGUCAGUCUAAAUGGACCCUCGUACAAUGAGACCAAGCAAAUCGAACUGCCGCCAAUGUCCACCGAGAAUGUGGAGUUCGAGGUGCCGAAAUUGGCCACCGGGGACUAUAAUCUCACUGCUGAGGGAAUUUCCGGUGUGAUAUUCCAGAAUUCUACCAAACUGAACUAUGCCGAUGAGAAACCCUCGACAUUUAUUCAAACUGAUAAGGCCACCUACAAGCCCGCUGAUCUCGUUCAGUUCCGUAUUCUCUUUCUGGAUGAGAACACUCGCCCCGCUAAAAUUGAUAAGCCUAUAUCGGUCGUUAUUACCGACGGAGCCCAGAAUCGGAUUAAACAGAUUUCGGAUGUCAAGUUAACCAAAGGCGUUUACUCUGGGGAACUCCAGUUGUCCGAGCAACCUGUCCUGGGCACCUGGAAGAUCUCAGUCAGUGUGGAUGGUGAUAGCAGGGAGACCAAGUCUUUCGAUGUGGACAAAUAUGUCCUACCCAAAUUCGAGGUCAUCGUGGACACAGCCAAGGAUGUGGUCCAGGCAGACAAUGUGAUCAAGGCCACAAUUCGGGCCAAGUACACAUACGGAAAACCAGUAAAAGGCAAGGCCACAGUAUCAAUGGAACAGAGCUAUGGAUACUUUCUUGAUGCUGACGGAAACAGGAAACAGGAGAAGACUGUCGACAUCGAUGGCAAGGGUCAUGUUGAGUUUGAUCUACGAGGCUUCGUUCAAGGCCGCUUCUCACCACCAAUGAAACUGUUUGCCAUCGUCACCGAGGAAUUGACUGGCAACAAGCAGAAUGCCUCCGCUACAGUCCGUCUUCAUCAGCAGCGGUAUACGAUAGAAAAUUUAGAAAAACCGGACCAUUUCCAUAGCAACAAGUCGUUCAUCUAUCAGGUUGUUGUCAAGAACGUUGACGGGUCUCCAGUCACGGGCUCCGCAAAGAAGGUCAAAUUAUCAUUUGAUAAUAGGCAUUACUACUAUUUAGAGCAUACAUCUGCAUCUGGAAUAGAUUUUGAAGCACCUGUGAACGAGAACGGCAUUGCAACCAUAAAUGUUAAGCUGCCAGAAAAUGACUCCAGUUUCUAUCGGGUAGUUGCUACCUUUGACGGAUCACAGAGCGCACUGGGAACUAUUUCAAAGUUCGUGGCAUCCACUGACAAUGGCGAGCCUCUAAAGAUUGAGGUGAACACAAAAACGCCAAGAUUGGGAGAGCGAGUUUCUUUCGAUGUCAAAUCGAUAGAAGAUAUUCCUUACUUUGUAUACACGAUUGUGGCCAGAGGAAAUAUUCUGCUGAGUGAAUACGUGGAUGUGCCAGAUGGUCUUAAGACUUACACGGUUAAGUUUACUCCCACAUUUAGCAUGGUGCCCAAGGCAACUAUCUAUAUUCAUUAUGUCUUGAACAACGACUUACAUUUUGAAGAGAAAUCCAUAGAAUUCGAGAAAGAGUUUAGUAAUUCGAUAGUUAUCUCGGCUCCAGUGGAUGCCAAGCCCAGUGAAGAGGUGAAGUUACGGGUUAAGACUGAUGCCGACUCUUUUGUUGGUCUUCUGGGAGUGCACCAGAGUGUCCUUCUGCUCAAGUCGGGAAAUGAUCUAAAUCGGGAUGACAUCUUCAAUAGCCUCAACAAGUACCAGACAUCGACGCCCUGGCAGCGUGGCUAUGGACGUUAUCCUGGACAGACCUCCGGUUUGGUUACUCUAACGAAUGCCAACUAUCCCUACAGCACUGGCGUGGGCAGAAAUCUCUUGGGAGCUGUUCCGAUAAUGAUGGUCAGUGCGGGAAGACGGGGUUCAACUAAACUGCGAAAAACUACUAAGCAACCUAUUGACCUAACAACCCAACCAUCUUCAGUUGCGGAAAAAAUUGAAAAUAUUGGCGUGCGCUCAACGUUUUUAGAGACUUGGAUAUACGAGUUAAAAGAUUUUCCCACAGAUGUGGAUGGUGAGGGUUUUACCUUGAGCAAGAAGAUCCCGGAUACGAUUACCUCGUGGGUCGUUACAGGCUUCUCCCUCAACCCCACGACCGGAAUUGCUUUGACCAAGAACCCAAGCAAGAUUCGAGUGUUCCAGCCAUUCUUUGUGUCCACCAAUCUGCCGUACUCCGUUAAGAGGGGCGAAGUAAUUUCAAUUCCUGUGGUGAUCUUUAACUACCUGGAUAAGGCUCUCGAUACAGAUGUCGUGAUGGACAACUCCGACCAGGAGUAUGAGUUUACCGAGGCCACAAAUGAAGUGCUGGAGAAGGCUAUUGAUGAAGUGCGACGGGUCAAAAGAGUCACGAUACCGGCCAACAGUGGCAAGAGUGUUUCGUUUAUGAUCCGCCCAAAGAACGUAGGAUCCACAACUCUAAAAAUCACGGCCACAUCUGCUUUGGCCGGUGACACUAUCCACCAGAAACUGAAAGUGGAGCCGGAGGGCGUAACCCAAUUUGAAAACCGGGCAGUCUUCAUCAACCUGAAGGAUCAGCUGGAGAUGACGCAGUCUCUGGAGGCCGAGAUUCCCAGCGAAGUCGUGCCCCAGUCCGAAUUCAUAGAGUUUUCCGUGGUGGGCGAUCUCCUGGGACCCACGCUCCAGAAUCUGGACAAUCUGGUGCGCAUGCCCUACGGUUGCGGAGAGCAAAAUAUGGUUAAUUUUGUGCCCAACAUCCUGGUGCUUAAGUAUUUGGAAGUCACUGGACGUAAACUGCCGGCUGUGGAGUCUAAGGCCAAGAAGUUCCUGGAGAUCGGCUAUCAGAGAGAACUGACUUACAAACACGAUGACGGUUCCUACAGUGCCUUUGGAAAGUCUGAUUCUUCGGGCAGCACCUGGCUCACCGCCUACGUGAUGCGCUCCUUCCAUCAAGCAGGAACCUAUACAGAUGUCGAUCCCAAGGUCGUGUCUGCGGGUCUCGACUUCCUGGUAUCGAAGCAGAAGGAAAGCGGCGAGUUCCCAGAGGUCGGAAAACUCUUCGACAAUGCCAACCAUAAUGCGCUGGGGCUCACUUCGUUCGUCCUGCUGGCCUUCUUCGAGAAUCACGAACUCAUUCCAAAGUACCAGAGUGCGAUUCAGAAGGCAGUUAGCUAUGUGGCCGAGGAGGUGGACAAGACGGACGACCAGUAUUCGCUGGCCAUUGCCGCCGUGGCCCUUCAGCUGGCCAAGCACCCGCAGGCGGAGAAGGUUCUCGGCAAGUUGGAGAGCCUGGCCCGAAACGAAAACGACAGGAAGUGGUGGUCCAAGGCUCCGGAGUCCACCGGUGGGGAGGGUCAAUUCUUCCACUGGAAGCCACGCAGCAACGACGUGGAGAUCACCUCCUACGUGCUGCUCGCUCUCCUCGAAAGGGAUCCGGCAGAGCAGGCCCUGCCCAUCGUCAAAUGGCUGAUCUCGCAGCGCAACAGCAACGGGGGAUUCUCCUCCACCCAGGACACGGUGGUUGGUCUCCAGGCUCUCACGAAGUUCGCCUACAAGACGGGCUCUGGCUCUGGCACCAUGGAUAUUGAGUUCUCUCCGGCGGGAGGAUCCAAGGAUACGAUAAAGGUCAACCCUGAGAACUCCCUGGUGCUGCAGACCCACGUGCUGCCCAAGGACACUCGCAAGGUGGACUUCACAGCCAAGGGCACUGGAUCCGCGAUGGUUCAGCUCUCCUAUCGCUACAACCUGGCUGAGAAGGAGAAGAAGCCCAGCUUCAAGGUCACUCCCACGGUCAAGGACUCGCCCAACCAGCUUCUGGUGGUGGACAUCUGUGCGGAGUACGUGCCGUUGGAGGAGGCCGACAAGCACAAGGACUCCAACAUGGCUGUUAUGGAGAUCGCCCUGCCCUCCGGAUUUGUGGGAGACACCGAAAGCUUGGCCAAAAUCGAGGCCGUGGAUCGGGUGAAGCGCGUGGAGACCAAGAACUCAGACUCCACGGUCAUCGUCUACUUCGACAGCUUGACCCCCGGGGAUGUGCGGUGUCUGCCGGUGGAGGCCUCCAAGGCCCAUGCGGUGGCCAAGCAGAAGCCCGCCUCCGUGUCCCUCUACGACUACUACGACACGGAUCGCAAGGCCACCGAGUACUACCAGGUGCAGUCCUCCCUUUGCGACAUUUGCGAGGGCGCCGACUGCGGGGAUGGCUGCAAGAAGGCUUAAGCCUUCCAUUUUACUUUGUCCAAAUGAAAAAGUAUCAAAUUAAUCAAAUUAAAGUCCAUUGAAUCAAUA